AAUGUCUAGAGUGACGAGGAUCGAGUUGGAUGGAAUUUCGGGCAACAGGUUGAAUCCCUAAUAAAAAAGGGCAAUUUGUGCACAUAAGGUUUUAUAAAGCUGUCCACAAAUUUAGACAGGGGCUCCAAGAGAGAAUUAAUGCCAUUAAUGUCGUCCAGGAGGGUUGGGUCAUUUUUUAUGUAUCUUAGGCAAAGUAUAUAAGACCGGUCUGACUGGAUGUGCACAGUAUGAGGAAAUCAAACUCAGGUUUUGUAAUCCAUCUAUUUCUUAAACCAUUUUGCAAAAAAAGGAGAACCUCUUUCUGAUAUUGCAUUACUGAAUCCUGUUGUAAUUUACUGUAGAACUUAGUAUCACUUAACUGUCUUGGAACCUCUUUUCUAUAGCAGUCAAUAUGUUGUACCACAAUAGCUCUGCCUUUGUCUGCCGGUUUUAGAACAAUUGCUGAAUCAUUGUUUAUUAUAAAAAAUUGGUUGAGACUGUUAAAAUGUGAAAUGGAGUUAAGAAAAAGGAAGUAUAACCCGAGUUAUAUUUUCACUCUGCCUCAUCAGGAUCAUGUGAUGCUGUUUGAAACUCAAAAAGCAGUAUUUGCGCUCACAUUUGUGCAUUCUCGCAUAUGUUCCAGACCUUUGAUUCAGGUAUAUCUAUUGCUCCUGUUCUAUGACCUCUCAUAUUGCUGUGGAAGUGCAGAAUAUUUCAUUAAUGGAGAGUGCUGUCCGAUGUGCUCACCUGGGGAGCAUGUUUAUAAGCACUGCACAGAAUACACAAGCACCUCCUGUAAACCGUGCACUGCCGGAUUAUUCAUGGCGCUGCCCAACGGUCUUCUUCAUUGUAUCACUUGUACAGUCUGUGACCCAGGUCUUGGUUUAAAGAUAGACAGGGAGUGCAGUCCCACCUCUGAUGCAGUGUGUGGGCCUCUGGAUCAGCACUACUGCACUGAGACAGAUAAGAAGGGCUGCAGAUUAGCACAGAGACACAGUAUCUGCAGGCCUGGGACAUUCAUCAGACACAAUGGAGCAACAUUGACCAAUACUGAAUGCGAAGAAUGUCGUGACAAAACGUUUUCAAAUAAAUCUUCUUCACCAUUCUGCAAACCACACACAGAUUGCCAAUCCUUGGGACUUCAGGAAAUGACAGCUGGAACAAACACAUCAGACAGUGUAUGUGCAACAAGAAAUGAUCUUGUUGCUGUGCUUGUGCCUGUGGUACUUGGAGCAGGACUAUCAACUGCUUUCAUAGCAAUCAUUUUAAUUUUAAGAAAGAGAAAGAAGAGAAAACAAAGUGACAGUCUGCAUCUGGUAAAGUCUGCUCUAACAGGGAGGAGAAUGAAGAACAUGGAAACGGAAAGAAAAGACCUGUUAAACCAGCCGCAGGAUGAAGAUAAAGGAGCGUUGAUGAGGGAAAUGAAGAAAGCUGAUAUUACUACAGUCUGUAUGGACGUGUUAUAACAAGUUAAAGCCCUUUUGAUUCUGUUUAUGAACAUAUUUUCAUUUUAUUGAGGGGUGAAUUUCCAAUUUCCAAGGCCAAUUUCCCCAGCAACUGUGGCUUUAGAAUAUUUUCACAUCGUCUCUAUGGUGAUUUGUUUCAAUCAUCAUGUUAGACAUGCAAGAACUGAAAGAGACAAGCUUGCAGCUGUAUAUAAAUAAAUAUACAAUAAAAUCACAGACUUCUUCACAUCUUACAAACUUGGUGUUGAGCUCCAAAAGAGGAAGCGGACUGUGCUCAGAACAGUGAUGAAAAAUCAGCCAGAACUCCCCAAAGAGCUUCUGAAUACACAGGUCAGAGCUGUGAAUUCCUCCAAAUCUGCAUUCAUUUAACCGAUAAAACAUGAAAGCAUUACAAGUUCAGGUCUUUGUUUCUCGGCAUUAUGAGUUUAUGUCUAUGUUUCUCACUGCAGCACUGCCUUUUUUCGGUCAAAUUUAGAAUUACAUGAAUAAUCAAUCAUUAAUAAGAACUGUAUCAUUCACAUGGAUCAAAUAUUUAUAUUUUAUAUGUAAAUAUGUAUAGUGUAUAUACUUUUAUACUGAGAACUGUAAGGGUAAUUUUCUUAAUUGAUUCUUCAUUGACAAUGUGUGUUAACAUAAAGUCAAUCACGCAAGGUCAACAAGGGGUAUUCAGAAGACAAAAUACUGGUAAAUACAGCUUCAUGUCUUUUUGUUUUAGUAAAGCCUCCCCUUCUGGAAAAGUGUGUAUAAGAGUCUUACUGUUUCUGAUUCAAAUCAGAAAGCCGGUAAGCUUUAUCACUUUCUGUCAUUUCUUUGCAAAUAAAUACGAAAGUUAAACUCAA